UCACUCAAAUAAAUAAAUAAAUCUUUUUUAAAAAACAGAGAUUUGUAGAAGAAUUGAAAUAAAGAAGCAGGCAAGUUUAGUUCCUUAUGGUGGAAUAACCGUGAAUUGAUAGGUGUGUUUUGAGGGGGAUGUGGGCCACAUCAGAGGAAACUCCCUUCUCCCAGCACAGAAAUCUACCCCAAAAUUAACGGGGUCCCGGCUUCCCAGGUAGCAUUGGCUGUGUCUGCUGUCUCCUGUGGUUCACGGUGAUUUAUGAUGACCCCGUGCAUCACCCAUGCAUAAGCGUCCGGGAAAAGGACUACAUCGUGGCCUCACUGGCUCAACAGUCCAGUUCUCCCAGACGAUCUGUCCCCAUAAAGGCUAUGGUCAGAUGCCUACCACUUUGGGCCAUUUUCACGGGGUUUUUCAGCCAUUUCUGGUUAUGCACCAUAAUCAUAACAUACCUGCCGACGUACAUCAGCUCUGUGCUCCACGUGAACAUCAGAGAUAGUGGGGUUCUGUCCUCCCUGCCCUUCAUUGCUGCUUCGAGUUGUACGAUUCUAGGAGGCCAGUUGGCAGAUUUCCUCCUGUCCAGGAACCUUCUCAGAUUAAUCACUGUACGAAAACUCUUCUCAUCCCUAGGGCUCCUCCUUCCAUCGCUAUGUGCCAUGGCCUUGCCCUUUGUGGCUUCUAGUUACGUGACAACCAUUAUUUUGCUGAUACUCAUUCCUGGAACCAGCAACCUGUGUGAUUCGGGGUUCAUCAUCAACACCUUAGAUGUCGCCCCCAGGUAUGCAAGCUUCCUCAUGGGAAUCUCAAGGGGAUUUGGGCUCAUCGCAGGAAUCAUCUCCUCCACGGCCACCGGAUUCCUUAUCAGUCAGGAUUCUGUGUCUGGAUGGAGGAAUGUCUUUUUCCUGUCUGCUGCCGUCAACAUGUUUGGCAUGUUUUUUUACAUCACAUUUGGACAAGUAGAAAUCCAGGACUGGGCCAAAGAGAAGACCCUCACCCGCCUCUGAGGAUAUUGAAUUACAAACUGAAAUGCAGUGCUGACCGUUAACUUUUGCGACGUUUUUUACGUGUCAUCAUUCUUCAUAUUCUUGGCCAUAGGCUCAGCGGUUCUCAACUCUGGCUGCGUGUUGGAUUUCCUGGGGAGUCUCUAAACCACACGGAUGAUGGGGCCGCCCGCAGAGACUCUGAAUGAACUGGUCUGAGGGAGAGCCAGGGUGCCACAGGUUGUUAGACACGCAGCAGGGUUUCUAGCAUGCAGCCAGGGUCGACAGCUGCCGGACACACUGGAAACGCCAAUUCCUGUUGCCUUUGAAGUUUCCUCUUUGGAAAGUGCUGGAUGAAUAAAAAUCUAUGUGAAAAUAAUCACUGAUAAGUACCUUCAUGGGGGUGAUUAUGGACACAGAGAAGACCUGCUAGGAGCUGUAGUCAUGCAUUAUAGAGCUCAGCAUGGAACAGAAAUUUAAGGCUGUAAUCCACAGAAUUGACUUUUUUAUUAUUUGUAUACAUUGUGUGAAACAUGGAUGUUUAUUUAUGUGGCUAAAUUCUAUUAAA